AUGUUGUCUCUGUGGCUGUGCUUUGGGCUAGUAGCCGCUCAGGCACUUCCAGCCCCUCCCGUGCUGCUGGAGUGUGAGUUUGGCGUGAGACACAGGCAGGACUCGGUGCUGAGAUACACCUGCUUGUGGCAGAGAUUUGUAGAGCUGACAUACCGACCCACUGCUGGCACUGACACCAGGAAACCACCACCCACCCUCACAUGGUUCAUCGACCAGCGCAGAGUGGCCUCCGCUGUCCAGUGGUCGGGGAGACAGAACCUGGGCAGGGUGCCCCCCGACUCCCCCAUCACCCUGGCAUACAGCUCUGCUUCCUGCCCCACCUGCCGCUACCAGAACCUGACCAUCCACGCCACCGCCCUCAGGGUGCAGUUCUUCACUCUCCGCCCCAACAGAGUGCCGGUCAUAUAUCGGGACCUGGAGUUGGCCUGGUGUGCCAACCUAAACAGUUUAGUGUGGAGCUACAGGGUGACCUGCCCGGGCGGCGGUCCCACCUCCGCCACCCUGCUCAGUAGCCAGGUGACCCAGAUCGCCAGUGGAAGCUACCCGCCGGGCAAGGAGGCCGCGUGCUCCCAGGAUUUCCAUUACACCUUUAAGGUGCAGUAUCCUCAGGUUGGCAACUACUCCUGUAACCUGGAUCUCAUUAACGGGAGCCUCGCCACUCUCACCAUCUCCGUCCAGGUGAAGCCAGCGAUGUUGCACCUCCUCAGCACCCAGUCUGCCACCAUCCACCGCAGGGUGAGGCUGGUCGUAUCCUGGCAACUGUGGACCAAAGGCGGCUUCCUCACCUAUCAGCUGGCUGCCAGCCCAGCUGGCCAGAGCAGCUGGACUUCGACCUAUCACCCCAAUGCCAUUGAGAGUAACAUCUGCCCCUGCACCUGGCCCCGGCCGAACGAGUGCAUUACCCAGCUGCUGCUGAAGGUGGGCAGGAUUGCUAUCCGGACCUCCGCCACCACCAUCACCUUUCACCAGGGGGCCGUGCGUUUCGUAAAUCACGGGAGGCUCCUCUCGCUGAAGACCAGUGCCACGAUGUCAGGAACAGCCUUCUACUACAUCAGCUCAAACAACCAGCUCUACUAUUCAAAGGUAGACACCCCUCCUGGCAGCCAUCGGCACUUCCUACUUCUCCAAGCUCCUGAAGUAAGCCACCUGUUUCAAAUAGAUUACACCAGCCCUGAAGAGUAUAGUGUCACCAUCCAACUCUACUUGAACCUAAAAGGAACUAUUUACAAUUCCUUAGAGGACAUGAACGUCAGUCUCUCCCUGUUUAAUAGUGGUCCUGUUGAUAUGGGGCUCCCAGUUAAUGUGGUUUGGUUUAUUCCCCUCCAGCACCCUGCCAUGCAGUGUGCCUGGGCCUUUGAGCUGAAUGAUGGCACCGCGGUCCACUUGUAUGAAUUCAGUCAGAAAGUUGCAGAUGCACCGAGCUACAUCCCGGAAGUCCAGUUGACCUUUAAUCCUAUGCUAUAUUCAGGCUUCCUGGCCAGGGUGACUUGUUCAACAGCUGGUGAGAUGAUGAUAAGUCUUAGGGCAAGUGUAGGUAAUUACAGUACCACUCCCCAGGACUCCGUUCUGUUCUGUAACCUGCCUGAGUGCCGCCUGCCUUUACCCACUAUAGAACAUCCACCUCCUCCUGACACCAUCAUCCGGAACACCAAGGGCUCCCCUCUCACUGUUUACGGGAAUUCAGGUUUACACUGCAAUAGUAUUCUCUCGGUGACUAUCUCCUGGAAGAUUUAUGAAAUUGCAGGUAUAAAAGCGCAACCAAACUGGAAUCAGAGUGUGCCCCUCCAGCCUAGAGUUCGGACAAGCACAGCCACCCUGCAUCUCCCUGCGUUCAGCUUGGAUUAUGGUUUCUAUCUCUUUGUUCUCAAUGUGACCAUGUCCACGUCAGAUCCCACUCUGCCGUAUGUCAACAACUCAUGUCACGCCGUGGUCAAGGUGACUAAGAGUGAGCUGGUUGCGCUGAUUGCUGGAGGAUCUUAUAGGACUGUGAGCUUGGAGGACAGCAUCACACUGGACGCUUCGAUGAGUGCUGACCCUGAUUCAUCCGAUCCACACCUUGGACUGAACUUCUCCUGGUACUGCACAAUGAAAUUCUCUGACUACAGUACCAUGACCCUCUCCAAAAACCAUUACUGCCACCCUGGCCACCCUGAUCUCAAAUGGAACUCUGCUAUACUCGACACCUUGGUUAUCCCAUCACACAUGCUAAUCACCAAAAAGGACUUCUACUUCCGACUGGUCAUUCAGAAAGACACAAGAACCAGUUACUUUGACCAAACCAUCUCAGUGUACUUUGGUUUUGUACCGCAAGUAUUAAUAACUUGCAUUGAGAACUGUGGGACAUCCCUGAUACCAACAGAUCGCUUCAUCUUGAAUGGGAGUUGCUCCAAUUGUCCGAGUUCCAGUGAGCUGAAGUACCAUUGGAGCCUGCUUUCAGAGAGUGCUGUUUCUGACAUCAUCGUUGACUGGGUUUCUGAUAGUUCUACAGGGAACUCUUUGUCUUACAUGUCACUGAACCCCAUGUCCUUUCUGCACUUGUCUGAUGGAUGGUAUAAUUUUGAACUGAGAGUAACCAUUCCCAGUGGUGCCUAUAGCCUCAACCGGUACCACUUCUACAUUAAUUCUCCUCCAAGGGCAGGACGUUGCGUUAUAACCCCAAAAGAGGGCUGGGCCCUACAGACCAAAUUCACAAUAAUAUGUGUGAAUUUCGAGGACAGUGAUCACCCCCUCAGUUAUAAGGUGAUUGCAAAAACCUUCUACCCAACUGGCAUCAUCGACAGUCUGAAGAACAACCUGUUGGGUACAAUUGUAUAUUUUGGAUACAGUCCCAAGUCUCCACCCUUUCUCCUGCCAGUGGGCAGCACGUGGGGCCAGCACCUUCUGAUUGUUGCCGUCCAAGUGUUUGAUAGCCAUGGUGCCUACACGCAGGUGAACCUGAGGGCCACAGUGUAUGAUCUCCCAGUUGACCUGCGCCAAAAGUCUCUGGUGGACCAGUUGUCGGGCUUCAUUGAAGGAGAGAGGGCACCUUUAACAACCCUGCUGCAUGAGACAAAUUAUCUGGAAGCAAACCAGCUGCUCUACGAAGUUGCUGCUGGGCUGAAUAGCAACAGUUUCAUGGGUAGGGAAAAGGCCAAGGUCAGUAAGCUACGUGAAACUCUUGUCAAUGUCUCCACCAUCAUUCCGGUCACAUCCCCCAAGCUUAUCAACCAAAUAUCUGCCACAAUCUUUGAAGCAGCACAGAAACCAGAUGAAGUCAACCAACAAGCCCAGCGUCUUGCUGUCACCAAGCUACUGGAACUUUCUUCUGUUCUGCUGAACUACACCAGUGAAGAUGCAAUUCCCUCUGAAAGCACUGAGCAGUUGUCAUGCAGCAUUCUCACCGCAGCCUCCAAUGUGAUGGCUGCCUUUUCCUCCCAGUUCCCAACACAAGGCACAGAGAAAGGCAUCUCACUAACCACAGACCAAGAGAAGGUGACAACUACCAUCUUCCCCACCUUGAAAAUUUUGACAGAUGCCGUGUCUCACAGUAAAGUCCCAGGACAAAAAGAUACCCUAUUGCAGACCAGGCAGUGGGAAAUAAUUGUAAAGAAAGUUGAGAAACGCAAGCUCCAGAACUCCUAUAUUUCUGACCCAGAUUGUACCAGUUGCAUUUACCCGGUUUUGGGAAUGUUUGGUGGAGCCACCCAGCCAGUAUCCUCUGUAUUUUACAAGUUUGAACAGAAUCCUUUACCAUGGCUUGGGAAAGCAUCACACAUAGUUACAGAUGUCAGUAGCUUCCACAUGACCAUCCAGGAUCACAAUGGAAGCAUACACAACUUGGUCCCCAAGCAAGUGGACUCAUUUAUGGUCAGGAAGGACAUUUUGUCGACCCAACCCAUCAAAUUAUUCAUUGACUCCAGAAGAAGUAAUGUGGUCCUAGGGCAGUUCACGAUUGUGAUGAACUCCACUUCAGCUCAAGAAGUCUUCCUCCAGCUACUUGUAGACCUGGACCCCAUCUUCAUGGUUAGCAUCUAUUCAGGGAAGGGUACUACUAACUUAACCCAGAAACAUACAGUCCCAGUGUGCAAUCCAAGACAGCCUUUAAACCAUGGCCACCAGGUGCAGGACCCUUACAUCAUCAGGAUUCCAACCAACCUCUUCCAGAAGAAUGCAACUCACCCAAAUAGCAGCAGGUACGUCACUGUCGCUGUUGAGACAAAGUACGCAAGGCCUCAGCUGGUCAUUACAGCUGGGCUCAAGAUCUCUGUUUUCAUUGCAAGCUGUCUGACUUUCCAAGGAAAUUCUGACACUUGGGAUUCUUCACUGUGCACAAUGGGCCCUCUUACAAACCUCAAGAGAUUGCACUGUAUCUGCAAGAGUUUUGGCAAUCAGACCAUCAAGAGGGCUCUGAACAUGAAUAUGCCCUGGUUCCUGACUGGCAGUGUUUUGGUGUUGCCUGAUACCAUCGACCUGCUUGAAGUUGGACAACUGAUUCAGACCUUGCCGAGGAACCUAGUGACUCUGAUUACAGUUCUGGUCAUUUUUUUCAUCUACUCCAUACUGCUCUGGCGCUCAUGCAGAAAACGAGAAAGCGACAAGAAAAAGAUUGUCAUUCUUCUUGACAAUGACCCCUGUGAUGCUGCUUGCUACUUGGUGACCUUUUACACAGGGGGCCGUCUUGAUGCUGGGACGACUGCAGAUGUUUUUAUGACCUUGAUCGGCACAUUGGUGGAGAGUGAAGUUCACCUUCUUCGUCAUCCAGACCAUAAGACCUUCAGAAGGAACAGUGUGGACACCUUCCUACUCACUACCAAAGAUGAACUCGGGGAGCUGCUUUUCAUCCAGGUCUGGCACAAUAAUGUGGGACCCUCGCCUUCCUGGUACCUCAGCAGGGUGAAAGUGCAGAAUGUGCUAACCAAGCAUACCUGGCAUUUCUUCUGCCGGAAGUGGUUAGGGAUCAUGAAAGGGGAUGGCUUGUUACACAGGAUAUUUCCCGCCAUUGACCCUGAUGCCCUACUGAAGAGGAAGGAUGUAUUCUUCAUUGAAACAUCCAGUAAGAUUGAGAGAGAACACUUAUGGUUCUCUGUCUUUGCCUACGAUGUCAACCAGUCCUUCACCAGAAUUCAGAGAUUAUCCUGCUGUUUGACCAUGCUGUUAUCCAGCUUGCUGCUUAACCUUAUGCUGUUCCAAAAAAAGGAACUCGAAGAUCGUUUGCAGAGACUGCUGAGAUCUUUGGUGAUUGGGGUUGAAAGUGCAUUGGUGAUGGUGCCAGUAGAAAUUUUAAUGUCCACUCUGUUUAUAUAUGCACAGAAGAAAGAUGCUUCUUUAACAAUAACAGAAGGCACAGAGCCUGAACCAAACCAAGAAAUUAAUAGCAACUCACCUGAGAACCCUAACACAAAGCCAAAUAGCUUGAGGGAGCGGUUGAAGGACUGGUAUCAGAUGGACGAACAGGCCAGUGAGGCCAAUGAAAGUCCCAAGGAAGCGGCAGAGACACCAGACGAUGACCAAUACAAUUUUUUAUCCUAUAUCGCGGGUGUGGACAACAUCCAGGAUCCCUUGACAAAAAGGAAAGAUAACUGUAUAAUCUCAGAGUCUGUAGCAGAUCAAAUUAAUAGCGAGGAAAACAUCGAGAAAGCAGGUGGAAAGAAGGUGGCACAUGCAACUAAGCUGAAACCAAUGGCAUGGUUUCAUCAGAAUAGACCUGCAAAAUACAAGAAGGGACAAGGAAGACCUGCCAAGCCCUCCAAAAAUAUAGGCCCAAGCAAGUCACGUGUCAUGCUGUCUCGGUGUCUCUUGUACUUGGCUUGGUGUCUUGUGUGCCUAUUGUCAGCUGUGUCAGCAGUCUUCAUCGUACUCUAUGGGCUUUCCUAUGGUGUCGAAACCUCCUGGCUGUGGCUUAUGGCCUCUAUAGUUUCUUUCAUCCAGGGUGUAUUUCUGUUGCAACCUCUGAAGAUCAUGGUCUUUGCUGCCAUCUUUGCUUUAAGACGCAGGCGUCCCCGGGAUCUGGACUGGUCCACAGGGAUUCAGGUGUUGCAGGUUAGCACAGACGACCUUCCAAAGAACGAUCCUGACUGCCUCCAGUCAGAGGUCCGGGUCAGGAAGCCGUACAGACCACUAGAAGGUGAUGAAUUAAUAUUGGCCAAGAGGAAAGGGACCCUCAGAUUUCAGGCCUUUAUGUUUUGCAAGGGAUUCCUGUUACACCUUGUUUUCCUUGGACUGCUUACGCACCUGGUGUGCACCACAGACUACAACAACGCUUACUUUUACAACAACAUCAUUUGGAACAAAUUCUCUGAGAAGCUGGAGCAGGCUAACACUGUCCAAGAGCUCUACACAUGGAUGGCCCUCACUUUUUUGCCCCUGAUUCAUGAGGACUCCAAUCCAGCCUUUCUGUCUGACACCAAAUCCAGAAUCCUGGGCCUGCCAAGAAUGCGCCAGUUGAGAUCUGAACUAGCAUCGGUAGACUGUUUUGGGAUGCCCAGUGCCCUGUCCUCCUUUCUGGGCAAGCAUCAUUGCCGACCCUUGUUUAAUGUUAAUCAACAGGACACCAAGAAUUACAAUGGCUCCUGGCAGCAGCCUAUUGGAAGCAUGCCAGUAAGACACCCAUUAGAUUACACAGGUUGGGUGUAUGAAACUUUAGAUUUCCCUUGGUUGUACCACUCACAUGGGGCAUAUUACGUGUACCCACUGGGGGGCUACUCCCUCUACUUCUCCCCAACAAGCUUGCAAAGUUCAAGAUUAAGACUAUUGGCUCUCCAGAAUGCAAGCUGGGUUGACAGGAGCACCUGGGCCAUUAUCAUUGAAACCACCAUUUAUAAUGCAAACAUUGACUUAUUCACUUCCAUCUCUCUGAUUUUAGAGACAGUCCCUUUUGGUGUGAUCAACAAGAAGUUGGUGGUGAAACCCUUCACCCUCAGGCUCUUUAAUAGGAGCGAGUCAAACUGGAUCUUCCUUAGUGUCCUCGUCAUUAUUUUUUUCAUCCUAUUUGUUAUAGAUGAGUGUCAGAAAAUAAAACGGAAAGGUUACAGGUACUUCCAGACACUCAAAAAUAUUGCCAGAUUGGUGAUGACAGUGCUGCUGUUGGUGACCAUAGUCCUUUACGUGGCCAAGUUUAUCUUGUCACAGCAAAUGCUAGAGUUCUACAAGAAAAAUCCAAACACCUUCAUUGCUUUUCAUGUUAUUGCCGCCUUGGAUCAACUACUCAGGUUCAAUGUUACAUUCCUCAUUUUUGUUGCCGUACUGAAACUUCUCAAAUAUGCACGGUUCCUUUACGAUGUGCGCUUAGCUCAAAAGGCAAUUUCUGUAAGUUUUCCUGCUAUCUGCUCCCUAGCUGUAAUAAUGGCACUAUAUUCCCUUAUUUUUAUAUCUUUUGGCUACCUGCUGUUUGCUCCAUUUGACGAGAAUUUCAAUUCCAUGAUCCAUGCAACACAAACCGUUGUGUCCUACCACAUAGGGGACUUUAUCAAAACAGAGUUUCCCUACAGCAAGGUUAUUGGUGGCAUCUACCUAGCAUCCUUUCUCUUUAUUAUACAGUGUAUCCUGAUAAACCUCUUGGAAUCAGUGGUCAUGCUGUCUUAUGGAGAUAUGAAACAGUUCAUCCAUGAGAAGCCAUCCAAAGAGGCAGAGGUGGCCAAUUUUGUAAUGCAGGAAAUCAGGCGUACCUGGUAUGCAUUGAGGAGAAAAACACCUCCAAAAGAUGGGAAAAAGAUUCUGGCAAAAUUGUUUUAUGGACAAGGUUCUGAACGCACCUAUGGGUUAAAGCAAAAGAAAGUGAAAGGGAAGAGGAUGAGCUACCUAGUUAUCUGA